UUUCGAGCCGGUCCCGACGACACCAUCAAAGACUACCCCCCGUGCCACUACAACCGACCCCAGCACUUGUUUGUCGACGAUCCCCCCAUUACAGGAGCCGGAAAAAUCGCAGCCUAAAAGACAACCCUCGUCGCUGCGACGAGACGCUUCCAGACCCCGGCCACCUCCCAGAAAACAUGAUGCGAUGCACCCUGGGUCUGAGACACAAAGUUCGUUGACGGCAAAUACCACGCCUCCCCAUCCGACAGACCGACGCAGCCCGCGCAUUGACUGACGGCCAUCUGUCUUCCCGCCGAUACCAUGUCUUCCUACGACAAGUCGCGGGCCUCCUCUGGCGGCAAGGCUUCUUCCUUCUUCCACCGUUCCAAAAACAAAGCCGAGAAACGGAGCGCGGGCGAUGACGGCCGCCAUCUGUACGCCGACCACGAUGCCAGUUCCGUGAACUCUCGCCACUCGCGCCACCAACGAGAUUCGUCGGUUGUAUCGUUAGACCGUCCCAGCUCCGCUGAGUCCGGGAUCAACAUGACGGCCGGCGUCAUUACUACCAUCCCGUACGAGAGCGUGAGCGCCGACCGGCGCUCCCCGGUCCCGGUCGACUAUCUCCCGAAAUUCGAUCAGAUGCCCCUUCGAAGAGAACCGCUGCCGCACCAGCUGAACAAGCUGACGAGCGAUUUCCACCAAUAUCCAAGUUUCGACCCAUCCGCUGUGCGUCCCACCAGUCCAUAUCCCCCGGGACCGCGCCCACCACCCGCCGCGUCCAACAUCACAAUGGCCUCUACCGGCCGCCAAGCUCAGUAUCAGCAAUGGGGCCCGCCGCGAGAGAGCAGCUUGACGGGAUCUCAUAACUCCCGGUACAUUUCGUAUGCGACGUCUGGAGGCCGUAGCUCAGGCGACACAGCAAGUAUCAUGUCAGCACUACCUAGUCUCUCGUCCCAGUCUUCCUAUUUGUCUCCCCACUCGCCCAGGGAGAAUCGCCUCACCAAGUUCCCCUCUGGAGUCAGCGACGCAUUUUAUUUCCCAAAACCAGACGACGACAGCGUAAUCGAGCAGAUGUUUCUGGCGCUCAUGCAGAAACGGGGAUGGCACAACCUUCCGGACCAAGCCAAGCGCCAGAUGGUGGCCUAUCCGUCGUCCAAGAAAUGGACCCUGAUUUACCAGGACCGACUCACCGAGUGGCAGGGGGAACAGAAACGCAGACAGACCGCUAAGAUUGGCCAGUACAGCAACGUCGACCUCACUCAGAUGCCCGACGAGGAGGGCAGCCCGGAGUGGUACGUGCGCAAGGUCAUGGAGAACUCGCUCGACAGCAAGGGCUUCGGCAGCCUGGAGGUCAACCUCCGCACGCAGCAAAUUGGCUGGGUCAAGCGGUUCAUCGAGUGCCAGGGCCAAGUGGCGUUGACCAACGUGCUUCUCAAAAUCAACCGCAAAAGCGCCAUGGGCCCGGGAGCGGAGUCGGGCAAGGCGGACAAGAACUUGGACCGCGAGUACGAUAUUGUCAAGUGUCUAAAGGCCUUGAUGAACAACAAGUUCGGCGCCGAUGAUGCCCUGGCUCACCAGCAGGUUCUCGUCGCCUUGGCCACGUCCCUAGUCUCGCCCAGGCUCACGACAAGGAAGCUUGUCAGCGAAGUCUUGACGUUCCUCUGCCACUGGUCUGAUAAUAAGGGACAUCUGAAGGUCAUUGAGGCCAUGGAUGUCGCCAAGAACCAGCAGGGGGAGAACGGCCGCUUCGACGCCUGGAUGCGCCUUGUCGAAGUCACCAUCGAUGGCCGAGGCAAGAUGGGCAGCCUUGUGGGCGCGAGCGAGGAGGUGCGGAGUGGAGGCAUCGGCAUGGAGAAUCUCCUUAUGGAAUACGCCGUGGCGACGCUCAUCUUGGUCAACAUGCUGAUCGAUGCCGCCGAGAAGGAUCUCCAGAUGCGCGUCCAUAUUCGAGCGCAGUUCACGGCAUGUGGCAUUAAACGGAUGUUGCACAAGAUGGAGGCUUUCCAGUACGAGUUGAUUGACAAGCAAAUCGAGCGGUUCCGGACCAAUGAAGCCAUCGAUUACGAGGACAUGUUGGAGAGGGAGAACAGCAGCAUCAAGGACAGCGUAGACGGAGAUGUCAGGGAUCUCAACGAUCCAGUCCAGAUUGUCGACGCGAUACAGCAACGGCUGAAGGGUACCAAGACACAAGACUACUUCAUCUCGGCCCUACAGCACCUUCUCCUCAUCAGGGAUAACGACAAUGAGGAGCGGCUUCGCAUGUUCCAGCUUGUCGACUCAAUGCUGAGCUAUGUCGCCAUGGACCGGCGCCUGCCGGAUAUGGACCUUAAGCAAAGCCUCAAUUUCACCGUCCAGAGCUUGCUCGACAAGCUACACACUGACUCGGAAGCCCGUCAGGCCUUCGAUGAGGCGACCGAGACGCGGCGGAUCGCGGAGGCGGCGAUCGCAGAGAGGGACGAGCUGAAGGAGAAGUUGGCAUUAGGUGCCGAUGGUCUAGUCGCCAAGCUUCAGAAGCAAAUUGAUGAACAGGCCAGGUUCAUCGAGGCGCAACGGAGACAGGCCGAAGGGCUAAAGUCAGAGUUGGAGAAUUUGCAAACGCUCAGGGCCAAGGAAGCACAGCGGUAUGAGCUCGAGACGCGCGAGCUGUAUCUUAUGCUUCGGGACGCUCAGGAUGUGGCAGCAUCGAGCGCUGCUAAAGGGGCGAAGCUGGGUGACGACGACCCGGCACGCAUGCAGGGAAUUCUCGACCGUGAAAAACUCAUGGAGCGCCUUCAAAUGCAGCUUGAGCGUCAAAAGACAGUCUAUAAGCUCGAAGGCAAAGUAUGGGGUGAAGCCCUCGGCCCUUCAGACAAGCUGCGAGCCUUGCGGGAAGAGAUGGAUGGCUUCGGGGAUUCAGCCCCUGCGCCCCGGGACUUCACCAACAGCAUGCUUGGGAGCGUCAAAAGGUCGACCCGCAUUCCAAGGAAGCCCGUUGGCUCUCGGGUGGAGCCGGUCAAGGACGUCUUGGAAGAGGCUGAAGAUGUGGCCGAGGACGAGGACGGCGUUAUCUACGAGAAGCCGCGGCUGGUUGAGAUCAAGCGGCCUGUCAUGGACCCCAAGCAAGCCGCUGGUAUGUUCAGCGAACUCCAGGGCAAGGUCAAAAAGUACGACGGCAGUGAUUCAGAAGAAGGGGACGGCGUCACCACGGGCCCAUCUCAUCCAAGCUUGGAAUCGCAGUCUCCACUUACACCAAGCGACGCUGAGCCCCCAAAGAUCGAGGUUACCGACACGACUCCACCGUCGUCCGCGUCACUUACUUCCAGCGGGCCUCCACCGCCUCCGCCUCCUCCAUUACCGGCCCAGAUCCCAGGCGCGCCACCUCCAGCACCUGCUCUCAGUGGCGGUCCGCCUCCUCCACCCCCGCCUCCUCUCCCCGGCAAGCUCCCGGGUGCUCCGCCUCCUAUUGGGGGCGGACCACCUCCUCCACCACCGCCGCCGAUGCCUGGCAGGCUUCCCGGUGCGCCUCCGCCGAUGGGUGGUGGACCACCGCCACCUCCUCCUCCGCCGCCUUUGCCUGGAGCCAAGGGUAUGCCACCGCCGCCCCCUCCACUACCCGGGCCAGGGGCGCUCUCGGGUCAUUUCCUAUCUCGGCAAGAUCACAUCUCGCCGGCGCCGUCCCUCGGUUUGUCGGUUGUUCGGCCUAAGAAGAAGCUCAAGGCUUUCCAUUGGGAGAAGGUCGACUCGCCGCUUACCACACACUGGGCAGCUCACGCGCCGUCGGCAGAAGAAAGGGAAGAGAAGUAUCUCGAACUCAGCCGGAAGGGUAUUCUUGACGAGGUCGAGAAGUUGUUCAUGGCCAAGGAGAUCAAACAAAUCGGUCAAGGGGGUUCUAAGAAGGACGAUAAGAAGCAGAUCAUCUCGACUGAUCUGCGGAAAGCCUUCGAAAUUGCCCUUGCCAAGUUCUCGCAUUAUUCGGUUGAGAAAGUGGUGCAGAUGAUUAUUCAUUGUGAUGCUGAAGUGCUCGACAACCCUGUGGUUAUGGAGUUUUUGCAGAAGGAUGAUCUCUGCGUUAUUCCCGAGAACACGGCCAAGCAACUAGCGCCGUAUAGCAAAGACUGGACAGGGCCGGAAGCCGACAAGGAGAACCGCGAACAAGACCCGUCCGAACUCACCAGGCAAGACCAGAUCUUCUUGCAAACAGCGUUUGAGCUGCACCACUACUGGAAGAGCAGGAUGCGGGCUCUCUCACUGACACGCAGCUACGAACCCGACUAUGACGAGAUUACAGAGAAGAUGCGCCUGGUUGUCAGCGUAUCUGAGUCGCUUCGAGACUCGGUAUCGCUGAUGAACGUCCUCGGCCUCAUUUUGGAUAUUGGUAAUUACAUGAAUGACCCGAACAAGCAAGCCCGCGGCUUCAAGCUGUCUUCGCUGGCCAGGUUGGGUAUGGUAAAGGACGACAAGAACGAGUCUACACUGGCCGAUCUUGUCGAGCGCAUUGUCCGCAACCAGUACCCAGAAUGGGAGAACUUCGCCGACGACAUUGCGGGCGUAAUGACGGUGCAGAAGAUCAACAUCGAGCAACUGCAGGCCGAUGCCAAAGCUUACAUUGACAACAUCAACAACGUGCAGAAGGCCCUUGACUCGGGCAGUCUGUCGGACCCCAAGAAGUUCCACCCACAGGAUCGCGUACUGCAAAUUGUGGGCCGAUGCAUGAAGGAAGCGCGGCGCAAAGCCGAGCAGAUGCAGGUUUACCUGGAGGAGAUGGUGCGCACCUACAACGACAUCAUGACCUUCUACGGCGAAGAUCCGUCCGACGAGAACGCGCGGCGUGACUUCUUCGCCAAGCUGGCGCUCUUCGUCAACGAGUGGAAGAAGUCGCACCAGAAGAACGUGCAGCUUGAGGAGCAGCGGCGCAAGAACGAGGCGUCGAUGAAGCGCAAGAACGCGCUGAAGGCGGCGCAGGCCUCAGACAGCACCAACCCGGCCUCGCCGACCACCACGGGCGCCAUGGACAGCCUGCUCGAGAAGCUCCGCGCGGCCGCACCGCAGGCCCGGGACACGCGUGACCGGCGCCGCCGCGCCCGCCUCAAGGACCGUCACCAAGUGCGCAUCGCCUCGGGCCAAAAAAUACCCGACCUCAGCCAGCUUGGCAGCGGCUCCGACGGCCCGUCAGGAGCCCGCCCGUCCCUCCAGAGCCCGGGCUCCGAAGCCUCGGGCCCUGCGGCGGGCGACGACGACCCCAGCAAAACCCCCAAAUCAAACCUCCUCAGCCCCGCUACUGCCAACCUACCGGCCGACGCGGCAUCAUCGGCAGGAGCAGCACAGGGAGGAGGGGGCAGUGAAGAAGACGACGUGGCACAGCGCGCGGCGCUGCUGCUCCAGGGCAUGCGCAGCGGCGCCGACGGCGGGGAUGACCCGGCCGACGCGGAGAAGAGGGAGAACCUGAGGCGGUCGAGGAGGCAGACGGCCGACGAGGAACGGCGGAUGAGGAGGAGGCGAAGGGAGCUGGCGCAGUCGAGCAUGAGUAAUGGGGACGGGGCCGCGAGUGUGAGUAGGGAGGGGUCGGUGAUUGAUGGUGUCGGUGGUUGUACUGGUGGGGCGGGGGAGGAGGUGCCGCCUACGCCGGGGAUGGAGGAGAUGGUUGCUGCGGCGGCGGCGGCCGGGGUGGAGUUGAAUUCGCCCACGGUUACGGCUGUGGAAGCGGGUGAAUGAGCGCUGUGCUGGACAAGUGUUUGCGUCUUGGAAGAGGUGUUGUUAGGGGAAAGGGAGCGGGUGUUGUGAAGGCUGAGAUGGGGGAAGUGAAGAUGGGAUACCCGAGCAUAUAAAGUACGUAAUGUCUACUUUAGGCUGCUCUGCUUAACUGGUGGCGAGUGCGUGGUUGGAAGCAAAUAGAUGUUUGAGGGAGGAAAGGGAGGCACUUUGACGCAAUGCAAGCGAGCGGGUUUUGGUCUUUGGAAUACGGAUACUUGGGAAAUCUAACUAGCCGUAUGGCGGCAGUCAGGGUUUAUGUCAUCUUAAUUCUGGGCGGAGGAACUGCAAGUUAAAGAGAGGAUAUCAAAUUCAGACCUCGGGAAGGUCUUGAUUGUAGUUGCGGUAGCAACAUUGAUGUCGGGCUCCCUCCAGCCCCUAGCUGCUGGGUCAGUCCAGUUGAUCGGAUCACUAUGGAUGCGGAGGCAGAGGAGCAAGGACUGACUUGGAGCCUUCGCUUGCUU